CAGACGACGAGGAGGAGGAGGAAAGAAUUCAURGCUCUGCUGCCGAUGAACGAGCAACAAGUGUUUUGGAGUGAAACUGGUUAGUAGACUYAAAACAAAACUAACGGCUUUGGAUUAAAUUAGAUUUUUAAUUUGAAGUUUCCACGCUGGAUYUAGCUGAUAAAAAGGGAGUUCCUGAACGGGAUCGAGCUCGGAGGUGAUGGUGUCAUGGCCGCCGUGUUUACCACAUUACCCUCCUAGAAUUCCUGAUCAUCCCGACUUAAUAAAACCCAAACACUUGGAGGAGCCGGCAGGACGCUGAGCACACAAAGUGCGGGGAGGAUGACGACCUCCCAUCUGAACGGCCACGUUGCCGGGGAGGGAGGAGGAGGAGGGCGAGGAGGAGAUGAAGAACUGAGGGGAGGACAGCAGCACCGGGAGAUGGCCAUCGACUGUCCCGGAGACCUCGGGAGUCGAACGCUGCCGGUGCGACGCUCUGCACAGCUGGAGAGGAUACGACAACGACAGGAGGAUCUUCGGCGACGCAAGGAGGAGGAGGGUCGGCAGCUGGAUCUGAACGCCUCCCUCAGACUCAGGAAACUCUCCCAGAAUCCCAGCGUCGGGAUCGACAACCCCACAUUCCUCCAGGACUCGCACAUACCGCAGCAGCUGGCGCUCGGCAGCCAACACGCUCAUCCACUGCUGGAGUUGGAGGAGCUGCUGCUGUCGCUGAAGCAGGUCCGAAGCUUCCUGCCCGACCAGCAGAGUCAGAAUGAUGUAGAACUGGUGCUUUCGCUGCUUAACAAGUCUGAUUUCCAGUCGGCACUGAAGAUCCACAAUGCCGUGGCCUCCAGCAUGCACCGGCCGUCUCCUCCGUUCCCACAAAUGCAUCAGGCGCAUCCACUGGCCAUGGAGGUUAGGAGCCUCGCGCAGUCCUGUCAGAGUAAAGAAGGACUUGAGCUGCACAGACUGCUGUCAGAUACAAACAUGCAGUCGCUYCUUUUGACUCACGACACGAUAGCGGAGACGGAAAUGCAGCCCGAGUCCGAGCCGGUCGAAGGAGAGACUCUGACCCAGUGGGGAGGAGAGACCGUCAAGAUCGUGAGGAUAGAGAAGGCUCGAGACGUUCCUCUG